UCUUCCGCCAAAAAAACACACAGCAAGACUUAAACUGCAAGCUUUAAGCACGUAAACUGUGAAAUAUCGUGGCACCGAAGGAAAACCACAAGCUUGUCAGCAUUUACAGGUCAGGGGUGAUGGUGGUUGCCCAGCAGGAGGACAUCUGUGACACCACCUGGAGGACAUCUGACAUCACAAUGACAGGAGCUUUCCUUAGUCCACCUGUGCCCAGUCCUGCCACACUUCCCCAAAGGGCAGUGGAGGAGGAACAGGGGAAGACAUUUCCUAGUCGGAAUCACAGCCAAAAUGAUGAAGUAUCCCUUCGUCAGAUUCCCAGCACUGAAUGUGCUCAGCCUGGCAGAAGUCAUAAGAGUUUGGGACACUGUGUCUGAGUACAUGCUGCAGCAGAUUGCCCUGAACAAGGGUGUGGCAAUAGAUGGCCUUGGUGUUUUCUACGUGCUGAGACAGCACUACAGUAAAUUGAACGGGGAUGUGCUUGCACCGAAAUUUCAUCUGUUGGAGGGAGUUAUGCAGGCUCAGAGGAUCAGCCAUGCCAACAGAGACAUUCCUGAUGACCUCCAAGUCGUCCCCCUGGACUAUUCUCAGCUCUCCCUGAAGACGACUGUUUCUGAGAAGAUGGUGGAGGAAUGCGUGAAUGACCUGGUGGUGCUUUUCACCUGGGGUGCAGGGCUCGGAGAAGAUUAUGACCUUGUUUUCAAGGGCAUCGGUAUCCUUAGGAGCCGAGAUAAGAUCCUCAGAAUGACCUACUCCAAAGACUUUCUUCUUGCCAUCGAUGGCACUGGAACAGUGUUGAACUGCAUGCUCUCUAACCCACUUACGCGGAUUAAUGUGAUAUCAGACGAUGACUCUUCUGCUUUCCACAUGAGUCCUCAGGGGAUUCGUGUGCUGCCCAUGUUUGAGAUUAAGCUCCCCCCUGGAAGAACAGCUGAAGACUUUUUUCUCAUGAAGGGAUCUGGGAACAAACAAGGAACCCCUGGUAGCCGGUGUCAACAUCCUCAAAUGAGGCAUUCACCAGGCAAAUUGACAAGAGCCAGGAAGGCAAAAGGGAAAAAAGAGAGUACAAAGAGUGAAGAGUUUCACCAGCUGUUACCCACUUGGAAGUUCCAGUUGGAACAGCAGGAAGACAUGGUUGAGGAGCGAGAGAAAGGGAGUCAUCCUGAAGACAGUGUUCCUACUGGAAGGAAAUUUUCCGUCAGGACGUUGCCCGUCCUGAAGCCUGAAGAGAAGGUGGAGGCACACUUCGAAGUUAAGCCCCCAGAAAGGUCAGAGUUAUCACAGGUGCCUCCUCUGACACCGAGGCCUCCUGAGAAGUCUCUGGGAAAGCCUGAUGAACAAGGCAGAGGGAGCCAUCCCAAAGACAGUCUUCGUAAGGGAAGAAAGCUUUCUGUCAGAACGUUACCCGUCCAGAAGCCUGAAGAGAAGGUGGAGGCACGCUUUGAAGUUAAACCCUCAGAAAGGUCAGAGUUAUCACAGGUGCCUCCUCUGACACCAAGGCCGUCUGAGAUGUCUGCAGGAAAGCCUGAUGAACAAGGGAGAGGGAGUCAUCCCGAGAAGAGUGUUCUUACUGGAAGAAAGCAUUCCAUCAGGACGUUACCCUUCCAGAAGCCUAAAGAGAAGGUGGAGGCACGCUUUGAAGUUAAGACCCCUGAAAGGUCAGAGUUAUCACAGCUGCCUCCUCUGACACCAAGGCCUCCUGCGAUGUCUCCGGGAAAGCCUGAUGAAGAAGGCAGAGGUAAGGGGAGGGAGAAAGAAGACAAAGUAAUGCAUGGGUCCUGA